AUGGCUAAUCGAAUGAAUAGACGAAUUUCUGAGGGUCAUGAAGCUGGAUUAACAUUUAAGAUUUCACUUGCAACAUACAAAAAAGGAGAUGUGUACAGUUUUGCAAUAGUUCUACAAGAAAUAACAACCAGAGAAAGACCUUUCGAGUGUGGAACAACAAAGAGAUUAAACCUUACACCAACAACAAUUAUUGAGAAUCUUAAAAGAAAAAUGGACCCACCCUUUCGUCCUCAACUUUCCAUCUCAGACUGUCCAUUAGACCUUCUUCAAAUCUUACAAAUAUGCUGGGAAGAAGAACCUGAGAAUAGACCACUCUUCCCGGCCCUGAAGCAAAAGCUGAAGACGGUGACGGGAUGGUUAAGCAACAAAAAUUUAAUGGACAACUUGUUGUCUCGAAUGGAAAAGUACGCGAACAACCUUGAAAAGUUGGUUGAAGAAAAGACGUCAGCUCUUAUGGAGGAGAAAAAGAAGAGCGACGAACUAUUGUACCAACUAUUACCUAGGUACAUCGCUAACCAGCUGAUAUCCGGAAAUCGUGUUAUUCCGGAAGCUUUUGAUUGUGUGACCAUCUUAUUUAGUGAUAUUGUCGGCUUCACAGCAUUGUCUGCCAAAUCUAUGCCAAUGGAGGUGGUAGAUCUCUUGAACGACCUUUACUCCUGUUUUGAUGCCAUUCUUGCUGAAUACGACGUGUACAAGAUAUUUCAAGCUUGA